UGUGUUUCUUCUCAAAGUUGGGUUUUAUUGCAGGAACACAGAAGAUGAAGGAAGAGUAAGUGGAAGAAGAAGAAGAAGAAGAAGAAGAAGAAGAAGAAGAAGAAGAAGCAUCUGCAGUAGCUGAACACUGAACAAGCUGAAACUAAAAUCUGGUUAGAUGGAACAGAUACUUCUUUCAGCAUAGUGAGCUAUAAACUUGCAGAAAAAAGUUUGCCAAUUGACAUGGUAAUGGCUUCUGAUUCAUCACAACUGCAACUCAAAUGGUUGCUGACACUCUAUUUUUAGGUAUGAAGGAGAUUUUGUCACAAUAGAAAUUGAAUCUAAGCAAUAAAUCUUUAGUAGUAGAACUUGAAUCCAGGCAAUGCUACUUGAUCACUGAAGGAUGAGUUUGUGAACUAAAUGAGAAAAACUGAGACUUACCUCUAGUCAGGAUCAGAUGCAGUGUUUGUGAAUCCAUGAUGCAAAUUCCAGGGCUUGGACCACAAUAGAUUGAUACUUGGGCAACUUCUAGGAAGACUUCUUAUAAAUCUUCUCACUUGGUGAAAGGAAGCCAUAUUUGUUGAUGCCAUGAUCUCCUUGCUAAAUCAGCUUGUUGGUGAAUCAAAUAAAUUCAUUCUCAAAAUUAAACUAUAAAGAUAAGCAGCCAAAAGUUAUUCUUUCAUGUUCUUUUCUCUUUUUAGCAAAAGGGAAGGAUAAGCUUAAUAGUUCAGUACUUAACUGAAGUGAAUCUGAUAAUACUUGCCAAGGCUACAUGAAUAGAUACUUAUUCUUGAGGAUGGGACAAUUAGCACAUCAAAUCUGAGAUAUGUCGAAUUCUCCGAGCAACUCUUCGGCUUCUUCGAAUUCGAAUGGCCUACCUGUUCCUGUCAUAAUAACAAUUGUGGUAUUGUGUGGAGUAGUACAAAUUGUGGUAGUUAUUUUGAUCAUAAGAUGUGUGCAAAAGAUCAUCAGGUCUUCGACCAAUUCAAGAGUGAUGACACCCGGUGGCUCAACUCCAUCUUCCAUGUACAAGGAAUCAAGGAUUGAAAUGGAACCGAUGGAAGAGUUCCUCCAUAACAUACUUAAAGACAAGCCCAUGAGGUUUACACCUCAGAAUCUAGUGGAUUUCACGCAGAAUUAUGUGGAGAAGUUGGGUUCUGGUGGUAAUGGAGCAGUCUACAAAGGACAGUUUCCGGAUGGCACACAUGUAGCAGUAAAAGUCCUCCAUGGAACCUCGGGCAAGAAGGAAGAGGAGCAGUUCAUGGCGGAAAUCGGCACCAUAGGCAAAACGUACCAUAUCAACCUGGUCAAACUCUAUGGCUUCUGCUUCGAUAAAACAGUGAAGGCACUGGUCUACGAGUUCAUGGAGAAUGGAUCACUAGACCAACACCUCUUCGACCACAAAUGUAGAAUCGAGUGGGCAAAGCUGUACGAGAUCGCGACCGGGACGGCAAAGGGAAUCAGAUACCUGCAUGAGGAAUGCCAGCAGAAGAUCGUGCACUACGACAUCAAACCAGCAAACAUUCUUCUGACGCCAGAUUUCCUCCCCAAGGUUGCUGAUUUCGGGUUGGCAAAGCUCUGCGACAGGAAGAAGAACACUAAGCCGACAGGAGGAGGAGGAGGAGGCAGGGGAACUCCGGGCUAUGCCGCACCAGAGAUGUGGUUGCCAUUGCCUGUGACUCACAAGUGCGACGUCUACAGCUUCGGCAUGCUUCUGCUUGAGAUACUGGGGAAGCGGAGGAACUAUGACGCGAAGCAGGUUGAGAGCCGGGAGUGGUUCCCCAUCUGGGCGUGGCGGAAGUACGAACAAGGUGAGAUGGAGAGCAUGUUGUCGGCGUGCGGGAUCGAAGAGGAAGACCGAGAGAAAGCAGAGAGGAUGUUUCAAGUGGCGUUAAGGUGCAUCCAGUAUCAGCCGGAAUCCAGGCCUGCGAUGAACUGCGUCGUCAAGAUGUUGGAGUGGAAGCAACAGAUUCCUGCUGUAGAUAACCCGUUUGAGCACAUGAACACCGACGGCUCGAGCUCAGCUCUGUGGAGUUCGAUCACAAGCACAACAUACUCGAGUAGCAGAGCGACCGGCAAAGAUGACACUGAAGUGAGCGGUUCAUCAUGAUCAGAUUACACACCCAAGCAUUAUGAUUCUGUCCAAGAAUCAUGAAGUAGUUCUGUAACUAUGAUCAUGAGAAUAUAACUUGGUUGCACCAAGAACACUUCUGUGCUUGCAUGCACCUCUUUAUCCAGUUCAUGUAAUUCUCUUCCUGUGUGUCCUCUUUCAUGUGUAAUGUACCCAAGGAAAGAUACCAACAGUUGACUGCAAGAUUCUCUUCUGCC